AUGAAUGCCAAUCUACACUAACAUAUGGACUAUCACGGUUUAUAGCUGACCCCUCAUCUAGUUACAAAUGUGUCAGAUGAAAUUAACCUUUAGGGUUUACCCUUUGAUAAUUAUGAGCAUCAAAUUGAAAAGGUUUAUUUAACCUUUGAUCUAAGGAUUACCAUUUUGAUAUAGACUACUAUAAUCAUUCCUUGAAUAAGCAGGAUUAUAAUGAGGAAAUCCAAUAAUACAAUCUACAAGUAUAAUACUAAUAACCGUGGUAACAAACAACAAGGGAGUGA